AUGGGUAUCUGGGACACUAUUACCGACCUCGUCGAGGCGGCCAAGCCAUGGACCACCGCCGAAGCCGAAGCUCCAGCUGAGGAACCCCAAGAGGAGGAGCAGGCCGAAGAGGAGGAGGAGGAAGAAGAAGAAGAGGAUGAGGAUGAGCCCAAGGACCCGAAGGAACAGCUCGAGGAAGCAUGCAAGAACUCUAAGCAGUGCGCACCAGCCAAGCACCACUUUGACGAAUGCGUCGAGCGUGUAACAAACGCCUCGGAUGAGGGAGAGGCCGGUGAGGACUGUGUUGAAGAAUGUAAGGGUUCCUUCUGCACCAGGAAGAAUAUUUUCGAGAAGCCUAUUUAUUUCACGGACUAUAAACUGACACAAGUCUUCUCUCCAGUCUUCCACCUCGCGCACUGCGCCAGCCAAUGCGCAGCUCCCAAGCUCUGGUCUAUCCUCAAAUAG